UGGCCAACUGUACGUUCAUUGUUUCUUUGUUUUGUGCGUAUUUUGUGACUCAGCGCCGAAUCGUGAUAAAUUGUUAAUAUUGAAACAAAAUUUAGUGUGUCACACAACUCUCAAGUAUCAACAUGUCCCUCGUUACGGAUGCUGAGUGGGUGGAAUACAAGUCCAAGUUUGGCAAGAGCUACGAAUCUGAUGAGGAUCCAAAACGCCGUGAAUUAUAUGCCCAAUCCAAAGCCAGAAUCGAGGAGCAUAAUCUUAAAUUCGAAAAGGGCGAAGUAACUUAUAAAAUGGGAAUAAACCAUUUGGCGGACCGCACCCCAGAGGAAAUGGGAAAUCUCUGUGGCAGUCGGCAACCACCAAAGUAAUUCCAUGAACCCCUAGUGAAAGUGCAUUUCUGUGGCUGUAAUCUCAAUAUGUAAUUCUAUAAAUAAGAGCAUUUUGGCUUCAAUGUUUUUUUACCCCUCCCCCAAAUAAACAAUAAAUCAGCUGUUUCAUAUAUUAACGGGA